GACUUGGGAUCGAAAAUGGCUGACAGUGGGGAUGCUGUGAACAGUUCGUCGUCUGGAAAAGAUGCUAGAAAUACCGUCACCGAUGGCCCUGUCACCGAUCCAGCAUCAAGUAACAAGGAUUCCAAGUCUGGAGCCUUGAAGAAGUCUAGCCGUUAUCGUAGUCGAUCAUUAUCAGCUAGUAGCACAGACAGUUACAGCUCUGGUAUGAAUACGUUUAUUAAAGUAUUGUACUAUACAUUUGAUUGUUAUAAUCCGAUCAUUGUUAAUACGUCGCGGUUAAUUUUAGCAUCCUAUACAGGAAGUUCAUCAGACGAGGAUGAUGUGUCACCUCGUGAAAAAAUUCAAAAAACUGAAAAUGGCUUCACAGAUUUCUGUGUACGCAAUAUUAAUCAACAUGCAUUUGGUAGAAGAGAGAUAGAAAUAGCGGAACAAGAAAUGCCGGGAAUUAUGGCACUUCGUAAACGUGCCGCUGAUGAUAAGCCGUUGAAAAAUGCUAAAAUCGUGGGAUGCACUCAUAUCAAUGCUCAAACUGCUGUUCUUAUUGAAACUUUAGUGCAUUUGGGAGCACAAGUUAGAUGGGCAGCAUGUAACAUAUAUUCUACCCAAAAUGAAGUGGCUGCUGCUCUAGCUCAUGCUGGUUAUCCAAUUUUCGCCUGGCGUGGUGAAACAGAAGAAGACUUUUGGUGGUGUAUUGAUAAAUGUGUAGCCGCUGAAAAUUGGCAACCUAACAUGAUACUAGAUGACGGUGGAGAUGCAACACAUUUAAUGCUCAAAAAAUAUAAUGCUAUGUUUAAAAUGAUUCAAGGAAUUGUUGAAGAGAGUGUAACAGGUGUACAUAGAUUAUACCAACUAUCAAAAGCAGGAAAAUUAUCCGUCCCUGCCAUGAAUGUCAACGAUAGUGUAACAAAAACGAAAUUUGAUAAUCUUUAUAGCUGCCGUGAAAGUAUUAUUGAUAGCUUGAAAAGAUCCACAGAUAUUAUGUUUGGUGGAAAACAAGUUGUAAUUUGCGGCUAUGGUGAAGUUGGUAAAGGUUGUUGUCAAGCUCUUAAGGGUUUAGGUUGCAUCGUUUAUAUAACUGAAAUCGACCCAAUUUGUGCUUUGCAAGCAAGCAUGGAUGGUUUUAGAGUGAUGAAAUUAAACGAGGUCAUCCGAAAUGUAGACAUUGUUAUUACCGCAACCGGCAAUAAAAAUGUAGUUACGCGAGAACACAUGGAUAAAAUGAAAAAUGGCUGUGUGGUGUGCAAUAUGGGACACAGUAAUACUGAAAUAGAUAUUAACAGUUUACGCACGCCCGAUUUAACUUGGGAAAAAGUAAGGUCUCAAGUGGAUCAUGUUAUCUGGCCAGAUGGAAAGCGCAUCGUAUUAUUAGCGGAAGGCCGAUUAGUCAACUUGUCUUGUUCCAGCAUUCCUUCAUUUGUUGUGUCGAUCACAGCUGCUACUCAGGCGUUAGCACUAAUUGAACUUUUCAACGCACCGCCAGGGCGGUAUAAAAGUGAUGUUUAUCUGUUACCCAAAAAAAUGGAUGAGUACGUGGCAUCGUUGCAUUUACCAACGUUUGAUGCACAUUUAACAGAAUUAACAGAUGAACAAGCCAAAUAUAUGGGUCUUAAUAAGGCUGGACCUUUUAAGCCUAAUUAUUACCGCUAUUAAAAAUAUGCGGAUAAAUAAUAUGGUACAGUAUAUUUGAAAUUUACGUUUAUGAGUAUUAAAAAAAUAGCUGGCUUCGUUUUAUUGAAGUUUCUUCUAUUAAUUUCAUUUAUCCGAAUUAAUAGAAACAUAUAAUAAGAUAUAUUCUAUUUUAUUAUUAAAGAAGAAUAAUAUUAAUAAUUUCCUUAUAUAUUCUAAAAAAUAUUUCCGUAUGAUUCCAACUAAAAUAUUGUCUCACCACUGGCUGCAAUAAUCAAUCACCAGAAUUUAUAUAAGUAAAUAUAUAUUUAAUUCAUAACAUUCAUAAGUGUAUAGUAAUUAAUUUAUGAUUAAACAUGCGUAAAAUAUGCAGCUGUUCAGUUGAAUUGAAAUAUAAAUUUGCUAAAUGACAGUUUUUAACGACUUUAGCGAUGUUAAGAAAAAAAUUUUCUGUAAAGAUCUGUAUACGUAAAUUAUUUGUAACAGUAUAGAUUAUGUAAUUCGAAACUUUCAUUAAGAAUAUUUUUGAUUUAUUAAAUACUCCAGCCGUUUGAACAGUUUUAACAUGAAUGAAUUGUAAUUUUGGAAAUAUGUAUAUAUAUAUAUAUA